AGAAUUCAGGUGGUGUUGCUGAUAGCGGACGUCAGCGAGAUGGUAGGUGUGGUGUUGUAUUGUUUCGUCCCACAUGGGCGAUGAAGUUGGCGUAUGGCGAGCGUUCGUGUUGUUUCCAUAACAUGCCUCAAUAGCCAGGUAGUGAGACUCGUAAUUGUUUUGAAUGUUGGUUGCCGUUGCGUGUUGCCUGCGGUGUUUACAGGUUGUCGGCAAUGGUAUCAUUCAAUGUGCACACCCUAAUUAAUAUGAGAGCAGAAGUCACCAGAUACCUUAGGUGGCUUUUUGCUCAUUAGCCUAGGUACGUUCUCGCCCAUUGAAACUAUUGCUUGAGACACGAAAUCCGCGAAAUCAAUAGAGGUACGCUAUUUUUCUCAAAGGGACUGGACAUUAUUUUCCGGGGACUAGCUAGGAACUCUGUUGAUGACUCAAACAGUCUAAAUUGUGUUGUAGGUUAUCCACCUGGCAAAUAUUUAAUUUACCGAGCAACUGGAGAUGUUCGUAUACAAUGUGUAGAGUUUUAAUGAGACCAAUUGUAAUUCACCAAUGAGUUUAUGAUUAAGUCUUAACUGGUCUGUUUGGUUGUAAUAAAAUAACGCGGUUAGACUGACUCAUCUUAUGACGGUUUCUGGAUCUCCAACUACUUUCGACGAGUAAUCAAAUCCUGGAAUUCUUUGCCAACUAGCGUCCCAAGUGGCUAACCAGAAGUCCUUCAAGAGAAAACUUGACAUACUAUUGACACCUCAGGGUAGUUCGCACUAUAACUUGCAGAUUUCUCACUGGCUCGCUAAAUAUGCUUACGUCUACCUGAAGGCUUCGGUGGUCCCCUGCUUCUAAAUACGAAAGUGCGUCAAGCGAAAACUUAUAUCCUGUCCACAAUUAUUUGGACAACUAACCUCACGAUUUAAACAUGUCUCCCCACCUUUAAAACAGUUCACAAAUGCCAUUUGGUAGUUGUCUUAGUUAAAAGCCAUGAGGGCAUUUGAUAAGGGGUCCAAGUUCCACAUGCUCUGCAAUACUUGGGCUACAAAGUACAAUCCUAUUCUAACCAUAAUUACUUGUAGCUGUUGCCUUAGCGUGCUAGGUUGUAGUUGUUGAAUCCGAAGACUACAUGUAUUGGGAGUUGCAUGUUAAGUCAUCAACGAAUUGUCGACUUAUCCAUAACGCUUGUCCAUGUGCUUCAUAGAUUGUUUACAUUUAUAUUCUGUCAAGUUGCUCGCGAGUACUUUGAAGCAAACAGGAUGAUUUUUUGAAUUUUCUCCCCUAGGUGAAAUUCACGGUAGAUGAGUUGCGUCGGAUGAUGGAUUUUAAGCGGAAUAUCCGCAAUAUGUCCGUUAUAGCACACGUAGAUCAUGGGAAGUCCACACUUACAGAUUCACUUGUCUGCAAGGCCGGCAUUAUUGCUGACUCACGCGCUGGAGAUGCUCGGUUUACAGACACUCGGAAAGACGAACAGGAAAGGUGCAUCACUAUCAAAUCAACAGCCAUCAGCUUAUAUUACGAAAUGCCUGAUGAAGAUGUCCAGUGCGUCAAAGCGAUCCAACCCAUCGCUGUUAACUCAGAAGGAAAAGAAGAAAAAGGGUUUCUCAUAAACCUCAUAGAUUCACCGGGGCACGUCGAUUUCUCCUCGGAAGUCACUGCGGCCCUUCGUGUAACAGAUGGAGCUCUUGUCGUAGUUGAUUGUGUAUCAGGUAAUUUGCUUUUAAGUUAUGAUAUUUUGUUAGGUGUGUGUGUACAAACCGAAACGGUUUUACGUCAGGCUCUCACAGAACGAAUCAAACCAGUAUUAUUCAUGAAUAAGAUGGAUAUGGCAGUCACAACUCUGAACUGUGACAUGGAAGAACUUUAUCAAAAGUUCCAGAGAGUGAUCGAAAACGUUAACGUCAUAAUUUCAGAGUUUGAAACAUCUAAUAGCAUAAUGGGUGAUCUGGCGUUAGAUGUUGUGAAAGGGACUGUAGGUUUCGGUUCCGGUUUGCAAAGUUGGGCGUUCACAUUGAUGACAUUUGCUAGACUUUACUCAAGCAAAUUCGGAAUUGAACCAAGUGUAUUGGUUAAACGUUUUUGGGGUGAUAACUUCUACAACGUUAAAACAAAAAAGUGGACCAAAGAAAAACCAGCUUCUGACGGCGUUCGUGGCUUUAACCAGUUUAUACUGUCACCGAUCUACAAGGUUUUCGAUACUAUCAUGAAGAAAAGUAAGGAAGAACAAGUCGAAUUGCUAACGAAGAUGGGUGUAACGCUAAAUGAAACUGAAAUGUCUCUUCCUGACAAACAACGACUGAAAACAGCAUUACAUAAGUGGCUUCCUGCUGGCGACUCGCUCCUGCAAAUGAUAUGCAUUCAUCUUCCUAGUCCUGUCACUUCACAGCAGUACAGAAUAGAAAUGCUUUACGAAGGACCUAUGGAAGAUGAAGCAGCUAUUGCAAUGAAAAACUGCGAUCAGAAUGGUCCAGUCAUGAUGUACAUUAGUAAAAUGGUGCCGACUUCAGAUAAAGGUAGGUUUUAUGCAUUUGGUCGUGUCUUCUCUGGUACAAUUGGGACAGGACAAAAAGUAAGAAUAACUGGUCCCAACUACGUUCCAGGAAAAAAAGAGGAUCUUUACGAAAAGUCUAUUCAACGAACUGUACUUAUGAUGGGUCGUUCCACAGAAGCAAUUGAGAAUGUUCCAUGUGGAAACAUCUGUGGGUUGGUAGGAGUGGAUCAGUUUAUUGUCAAAACUGGCACCAUCACAACAUUUGCGGGGGCUCAUAACUUGAAGCAAAUGAAAUUUAGUGUCAGUCCUGUAGUCCGCGUUGCAGUUGAAUGUCAAAAUCCUGCCGAUUUGCCAAAACUUCUUGAAGGCUUGAACCGUCUUUCCAAAAGUGAUCCUAUGGUCCAAAUAACGCAAGAGGAGUCGGGUGAACACAUCGUUGCAGGUGCUGGUGAGCUGCAUCUUGAGAUUUGCCUCAAGGAUCUCAAGGAAGAUCAUGCUUGCAUUCCUUUAAAAAUAAGUAAUCCCGUAGUUUCAUAUCGUGAGACAGUAUUGGAGGAGUCAAAUCAAACAUGUCUGUCGAAAUCCCCUAACAAACAUAAUCGUCUGUAUAUGCGUGCCUUACCUUUAUCAGAAGAAUUAGCACAGGACAUUGAUGACGGAAAAAUCACUGCUAAUCAAGACGUAAAAGAUCGUUCUCGUUAUCUAAUAGACAACUACGGAUGGGAUGCUACAGAAGCUAGAAAGUUAUGGUGCUUUGGCCCAGAGAACACAGGACCUAAUGUUGUGGUCGAUACCACUAAGGCAGUUCAAUAUUUAAAUGAAAUAAAAGAUAGCGUUGUCGCUGCGUUCCAGUGGGCAACUAAAGAAGGUGUUCUUUGUCAAGAACACAUGCGUGGAGUCCGUUUCAAUCUCAUAGAUGUAGUACUGCACGCAGAUGCUAUCCACCGUGGAGGUAAUCAAAUCAUCGGUACAGCACGUCGAUGCUUCUAUGCCUCUGUUCUUACUGCCAAACCAUGCUUACUAGAACCAGUUUAUCUGGUAGAAAUCCAAGGACCAGCCACUGCUAUGGGAGGCAUCUACAGUACUUUGAAUCGCAAGAGAGCCAUUACACUUUCAGAAGAACGAAAAACUGACAGUCCAAUGUGUAUUACCAAAGCUUAUAUGCCGGUUAAUGAAUCUUUCGGUAACUCAUUCUUAGUAACCUGAUAUUGUUUUAGGCUUCACGACUGAUCUUCGUGCUGCAACUGGCGGGCAAGCUUUUCCUCAGUGUGUCUUCGACCACUGGCAAAUCUAUCCUGGUGAUCCUCUCGACGAAAACUCAAAGCCUGGACAGGUAGUUGUGGAGGCGCGAAAACGUAAGGCUCUAAAAGCAGGCGUUCCUCCUUUAGAUAACUUCUUGGAUAAACUAUAACACCUGACCUUGUACAAUGUCUAUUAAUUAAUAAAUUGAUUUCUUCAUUGG